AGGACGUGUUCGCGGCAAAGGUCGCGGUUACGUGUGUGAUCGAUCGCCCGGAGCCGAUUGCAGGUGACACCAUCGAGCGGUGCACGUCACCGAUGAACCGUUGCGACAGUUUCACGAGUGUAUCUUGCGGUUUUGGGCUCGGCGGGGAAUCGAAAAUUGCUGCCUGCGAGAAGGAAGCGACUCUGUGGGCGUACGAAGACUGAAUCGCAACAGACCAACCACGUGAAGAAGACACAAUGCGAGUGUUAUGUGCAUUCUGCGGACUGUUUUUGGCCGUCGCCAUUGUCAAUUGCAGUCCUGUCGAGGAUAAGAAGGAAGCGGAAGACGACCUUAGUCCGCUGAACGAAGUUCUCGUAGUCGAAGCUGAUGAGGCGGCAGCUGAUGAUGGUGAAAGAGGCGAUAGAGACAAGAGAAAGAUUGGCAUCAAGCUUGGAGUAUCGAACGGCAUCAUUAACUUUGUGUUUGACAAAGUGGAUUCCUUCAUAGACUCGAAAACAAAAGCACUCUCAGUUCUCGAUGAAUCUAACAAAGCGAAAAACGCUGUUUUUGGAAUCGACAACAAGCAUUCGGCUACAUCGGAGUUUCUCAGCAAAUUAGUAAAUCAGAAGAUUCAGGCUGCGACGGGUAGCAUUGGGCCCAUUAUAAACAGUGCGACGACAUUCUUCUCGGGUGCCUCCGCUGGCAUCUCGAAAGCUCUAGCUGGGAAAAUCGCGCCAUUAAGCUCGCUUUCCGGCGGUCUUUCCGGCGGUGCGGGCGGCGGUGCAGGACAUGGAGACGCUAGUGGAGGAUCCUCUGGAUCGGCCUUUAUCGGCAAUCUCCUGACUCAGAAGAUCGGCUCUUUAUCGAGCCUGAGCCAAAGUAGCGGCGGUUUAGGCAGUUUAAGCGGCGGCUUAGGCGGUUUAAGCGGCGGUAGCAGUGGUAGCCCUGGAAGCGAUUCUCAUAGCGGAACUAACGGCGGCGCGGGCGGUGUGAGCGCCGGCGCUGGGAUCAAUCUCGGAGCUUUCGGCAAUCUAGCAGGGAGAAGCAUUACUACGGAGGAUACCCCCGUGUUCGACAGGAAUAGAGUGGCCUUGGAUAUACCGUCAAGCGCAUUCGGCACUGGCUUCACCCUAGUAACAAACGUUAGCAAAGUGCUAAGCAGCGUAAUCCUAAACUCAGCCCGUCGAACGGAGACGUUGUUAGAAAUCUUCAAGCCGUUCUUCCGCGGUACAUUCGCCAUAAAGGGUCUACCAUCGGAUAAACCCAAAUAAAGAGUUCCAUUUUUAUUCUUAUACUACGAAUGAAUAUUGCUCAACGAUCGCCGUUCCUCGUUAGGAAACGUUCCACAAGUUCGAACCAUGUUUUCUGGAUAGAUAUCGUUGGUCAGAAGUUGUGAAAGCUAUUCCAAAGCUCUGUUGAUCGUAGACUAUCUUAGAUCUGAGAUUUAGAUAAGAUAGAAUUGCACUACUGUUCGUGGAGAUUUCUUCGCUGCCGUUGUCUGAUAAUUGUUACUUAUGACGCCAUAUUUUUGCCUCAUAUUUCAUUUCCUACUUUUGCAUACUUGUUAUUUGCUUAAUUAUUUUUUUAAAUGACUCGAAAAUUGGCGUCGUAAGUCGAAGAUACGCUUUUAAUUACUAAAAGCGUAGAUAUAUAUUAAAAUACAUAGAGGAAAUAUAGAUAUUUAUAUAAAUAUGUACGUAUACGAAUUAAAUGUAUAAACAUAUUUUAGAAACAAUUUAGUCAAAUUUUAAUUAAUUAGCGUGUUAAUAAGAUACAUGAAAAGAGCGACAAUCAAACUGACUUACAUGUCAUAAAACAAGUUCUAUUCUGCAAUUACCUUACAAUUAUUCUUAAACAAAUAUAAAAAAUUUUUAGAGUAUUUCUUAUUUAUUAGUUUUUCACUUAAU